GGACACUAUCAUCUCAGAUGUCCCAUUGCAUUCCCUGCAAAAACCAAACAAAGUCUGCACUAACCUGGUGAUCCUAGCUGUAUAUUGGUCUAAGAAUAUUUGUGUUUAUUUCUUGGACCAAUAUAACAUCACUUGGAUGACAUUCGUGCUUAUAAUUACGGAACUCCAUGCAUCUGCCUUGCCUAGUUGAACAUUUCAACCCAAAAUGGGUGUCAAAUUGUCAAAACCUGGGCAAGGAACUGCUGCAAACACAAGUGUAGUCAAGAUCCAACACCAAGUGAUUAAUUAUCUCUCCAGAAGUUUCAUACGCAACUUGGUAUCUAAGAAACGAAGGCGAAUGCUAGUUGAUGGAUACGAUCUUGAUAUGACAUAUAUUACUAACCGUGUAUUGGCAAUGUCAUUUCCUGCAGAACGAAUAAGAGCCAUGUAUCGUAAUCCUAUGUGGCAGAUCAAGUGUGUAUUGGACAUGAGGCAUAAGGACCAUUAUAAGGUCUUCAACUUAUGUAUAGAACAAGCUUAUGAUCCAUCACAUUUUCAUGGUCGCAUGGAAAGAUUCCCAUUUGAUGACAACCAUGUCCCAUCUCUUCGUAUGAUGAAAGAAUUCUGUGAAAGUGUGGACUCAUGGAUUUCAAGCAAUCCAAAAAAUAUUGUGGUUGUUCACUGCAUGGCGGGCAAAGGCCGGACAUGACUUAUGGUAUCGGCCUACCUAGUAUACAGUGGCAUGGCAGCAGAGGAUGCACUUCAGUUGUAUGCUGAUAGGCGAACGACAGAUGGUCACGGAGUUUCCAUACCAAGUCAACGUCGCUAUGUGGGCUAUUGGGAGAAACUACUUUCUGUUCCUAAGGGAAUUAGUCGUAGUCCUUUAAAUGUUCAUUUACCUGAGCCAUGUAAUAGAGAGGUGCGGCGUAUACGCAUUUAUGAUGCAGUUAACAUUAAAUCGGUGUUCUUUGUGGUCUCUCAACUAGAAGAGGUUCCUGAUCAGAGGUAUCAGCCACCAGCAGAAGUUUCAAAGAACUGUUGUAGACCAAUUAGGGAUGCUUGGCAGACUACAGUCUGCGACCGAUAUUAUUACUCCAUCACUGAAAGUAAUGACUCAGGGAAACAACCACAUUUGAAGGAGUCUCGUUUGGUCGUACAAAUGGACACAGAGAUACCUGUCAUCUACCAGAAAACAUGUCUUGAGUAUCAUUACAAAACGCCAGUAAAAGUAAGUGGAGAUGUUCGUGUAGCAUUCUAUGAAAAAAUGAUUGGAGGGCGUCUCUUUUAUCUUUGCUUCAAUACUACAUUCAUCAGUAACAACUUGCUACAGUUUACAGAGCAUGAUUUGGAUAAAGUUGGGAAAAGGGGGAGGUCCAUAAGUGGUUCUGCCUUCUGCGUGGAGUUGUUGUUUGGUCCACGUAAUGCCAUUGGAGUGCUUCCAGCUCUUGGAGAUGCUUAA